CAAUAUAACGUCAACGUCCAAACCACUAGUACAACGGAAGACAAGGUCAGCAUACAAGACACUCUUGCAACACAAGACAACGCCAUCGCUUGUACAACGGAAGGCAUAACGGUACAUAACGUGAGCGCAACAGAAGAUAAUUUCCAACCUCAAAGAUUCUCUACACCAGAGCUCGGUGUCAAUAUUAAGAACGGCAGAACAACGGAAGACGACGCAAUCGCCAGCGCGACCGGACAACGGACCAGCCACCACAAUGAUGGCCCAUCUAAAGUCAGAGUCACCCAACCCAGAGUCGAAACUGACGGCAUCGCUGCAAGUCAUGUUGCCCCCUUCAAAACUAACUCUGCAAAUCCUGAGCAUAACGAAAUUUCAAGCACAACCACAACUGUUAAAGGCUAUACCAAUGCAUCACACAGCACCCCAGCGAAGAAAGGGUCUUGUGAGAGUCCCGUGAAGUUCAGCGAAACACCUGCCAACCCACAAAGGAUCGUCAAGGAGGCAACUCCCGAAGGGCCUUUCAACCUGUGUUCAACUCCAGUCCAGACAAUGACGCGCAUAGWUGAAAGUUCCUUUGCCUGCCUGCUAAAUACACAAAUACAGCAACACAAAGAAAUGACAGCCGCCAUGAGACUUCCACAGCCGAAAGUACCUGUGUUCAGAGGAAAUAUACUAGAAUACAAACCGUUCAUCAUGGCGUUCGAUGCCCGCAUCCAAUCGAAGACUUCGAGCGACGCCGAUCUACUCUACUAUAUCCAUCAACACCUCAGCGAUGAWCCCAAAGACCUAAUCGAGGGAUGCUUACAUCUGCCGGCGGAAGAAGGCUAURCAGAAGCGASGAAACUUCUAGAUAAAGAGUACGGGGAUCCCUACAAGGUCUCCGUAGMCUACACCACACAACUCCAAAGAUGGCCCCCUGUUAAACACGAUGAUGCCCCCUCCCUUAAACGACUUUCACUGUUUCUUACUAAGUGUAAAAAUGCGAUGAAGAACAUUUCAUACAUGGACAUAUUGAACCAUACUCCACAAAUGCAAGCCGUCGUUCAGAAACUACCAGGCUACCUUCAGAGUAAGUGGAGAGAAAGAGUACUCAAUAUCAGACAGCACCACCAAAGAAGUCCAACCUUCUCUGAUCUGGUUUCAUUCGUAGAGCAUGCCUCAGAAACAAGCAACGACCCAGUAUACAGUAAAGACGCCCUG